GGAGCGGCCCCUGGCGUCUCGCUAGGCGCUGCCAUGGGGGCCGGGUAGCGGGCAGGGGCGCGGGGCAGCGCGGCGGCGGCGGCUUCUCGCGUUCAUUCCUCCGGCACCGGGAGCGACCGAGGGGGAGGAUGCACCAGCACCAGCACCACCACCACCACCAGCAGCAGCAGCAGCAGCAGCAGCGCCCAGCAGAGGGAAACUAUGCAAGUAGCACCAGAAUUCCUCUCCCUGGUGACGGACCAAUUAUUCAGUCAAACAGUUCAGCACCAUCCAAGCAAACUGUUCUAUCUUGGCAAGCUGCAAUUGAUGCUGCUAGACAAGCCAAGGCUGCCCAAACUAUGAGCACCACGGCAGCCCAACCUGUAGGAUCUCUGUCCCAAAGAAAACGCCAGCAAUAUGCCAAGAGCAAAAAACAGGGUAAUACGUCUAACAGUCGGCCGCCCCGUGCCCUUUUCUGUUUGUCCCUCAAUAACCCAAUCCGAAGAGCCUGCAUUAGUAUAGUAGAAUGGAAACCAUUUGACAUAUUUAUACUACUGGCUAUUUUUGCCAAUUGUGUGGCCUUAGCUGUUUACAUCCCAUUCCCAGAAGAUGAUUCUAAUUCAACUAAUCAUAACUUGGAAAAAGUAGAAUAUGCCUUCCUGAUAAUUUUUACAAUUGAAACAUUUUUGAAGAUUAUAGCAUAUGGAUUAUUAUUACACCCCAACGCAUACGUUAGAAAUGGAUGGAAUUUACUGGAUUUUGUAAUAGUAAUAGUAGGAUUAUUUAGUGUAAUUUUGGAACAAUUAACCAAAGAAGCAGAAGGAGGUAGCCACUCAGGUGGCAAACCAGGUGGCUUUGAUGUGAAAGCCCUAAGAGCCUUUCGUGUAUUGCGACCUCUCCGGCUCGUAUCAGGAGUGCCCAGUUUACAAGUUGUCUUGAACUCCAUUAUAAAAGCCAUGGUCCCUCUGCUCCAUAUUGCCCUUUUGGUAUUAUUUGUAAUCAUAAUUUAUGCUAUCAUAGGAUUGGAACUUUUUAUUGGAAAAAUGCACAAAUCAUGUUUUCUUAUUGGUACAGAUAUAUUAGUUGAAGAAGAUCCAGCACCUUGUGCGUUCUCAGGGAAUGGACGUCAGUGUUCAGUGAAUGGCACUGAAUGUAAAGGCAGCUGGGUUGGACCAAAUGGAGGCAUAACCAACUUUGAUAACUUUGCCUUUGCAAUGUUAACUGUGUUCCAGUGUAUAACCAUGGAAGGAUGGACUGACGUGUUAUACUGGAUGAAUGAUGCUAUGGGAUUUGAAUUGCCAUGGGUGUAUUUUGUCAGUCUCGUCAUCUUUGGGUCAUUUUUCGUACUAAAUCUUGUUCUUGGUGUAUUGAGCGGAGAAUUUUCCAAGGAAAGAGAAAAAGCCAAGGCCCGCGGGGACUUUCAAAAGCUACGUGAAAAACAGCAGCUUGAAGAGGAUCUGAAAGGAUAUUUAGACUGGAUUACCCAGGCAGAAGACAUUGACCCUGAGAAUGAGGAGGGUGACGAAGAAGGCAAACGCAACACAAGUAUGCCUACUAGUGAAACUGAGUCUGUGAACACAGAGAAUGUCAGUGGAGAAGGAGAGAACCCCGUAUGCUGUGGAAAGCUGUGUCAAACUAUCUCAAAAUCCAAGUUCAGUCGACGCUGGCGUCGCUGGAACCGAUUCAAUCGAAGAAGAUGUAGAGCUGCAGUAAAAUCUGUCUCAUUUUAUUGGCUGGUUAUUGUCUUAGUCUUUCUAAACACAUUGACUAUCUCAUCAGAGCAUUACGAUCAACCUAACUGGUUGACCCAGAUCCAAGAUAUUGCCAACAAAGUUCUUCUGGCUUUAUUCACCUGUGAAAUGUUAAUAAAAAUGUACAGCUUGGGCCUACAGGCUUAUUUUGUAUCCCUCUUUAAUCGUUUUGAUUGCUUCGUUGUUUGUGGUGGCAUUGUUGAAACCAUAUUGGUGGAGUUGGAAAUUAUGUCACCUCUUGGAAUCUCAGUGUUUCGCUGUGUCCGUCUUCUACGUAUUUUUAAAGUAACAAGGCACUGGACAUCCCUGAGCAACUUGGUAGCAUCCUUGUUAAACUCAAUGAAGUCCAUUGCUUCACUGUUGCUUCUGCUUUUCCUCUUCAUCAUAAUCUUCUCAUUGCUUGGAAUGCAGCUGUUUGGAGGCAAAUUUAAUUUUGAUGAAACUCAAACAAAACGGAGCACCUUCGAUAAUUUUCCACAAGCUCUUUUAACUGUAUUCCAGAUCCUAACCGGUGAAGACUGGAAUGCUGUUAUGUAUGAUGGCAUUAUGGCAUAUGGUGGUCCAUCAUCAUCAGGCAUGAUAGUCUGCAUAUACUUCAUUAUCCUCUUCAUUUGUGGUAACUAUAUCUUGCUAAAUGUCUUCUUGGCCAUUGCUGUGGAUAACUUGGCAGAUGCUGAAAGUCUGAAUACAGCUCAGAAAGAAGAAGCAGAAGAAAAGGAGAGGAAAAAGAAUGCCAGAAAAGAGAGUCUGGAAAAUAAAAAAGGUGACAAAUCGGAAGGUGACCAGAAGAAGUCCAAGGAUAGUAAGGUAACAAUUGCCGAAUAUGGAGAAGGAGAAGAUGAAGAUAAAGAUCCUUAUCCACCUUGUGAUGUACCAGUAGGUGAAGAGGAGGAAGAGGAGGAAGAAGAACCGGAAGUACCAGCUGGCCCACGGCCCCGAAGAAUAUCUGAACUGAAUAUGAAAGAGAAGAUAACACCAAUUCCUGAAGGGAGUGCCUUUUUCAUAUUCAGCAGCACCAAUCCAAUUCGAGUGGGGUGCCAUAGGCUUAUCAACCACCAUAUUUUUACCAAUCUCAUCCUUGUCUUCAUCAUGCUGAGCAGCAUUUCUUUAGCAGCAGAAGACCCAAUUCGUAGUCAUUCUUUUAGAAAUAAUAUACUUGGUUACUUUGACUAUGCUUUCACAGCCAUCUUUACUGUUGAAAUCCUGUUAAAGAUGACAACUUUUGGAGCAUUCCUUCAUAAAGGUUCUUUCUGUAGGAAUUACUUCAAUUUGCUGGACUUGCUGGUUGUGGGUGUUUCUCUGGUAUCAUUUGGGAUUCAGUCAAGUGCAAUCUCAGUUGUGAAGAUACUGAGAGUUUUAAGAGUCUUGAGACCCCUAAGGGCAAUAAACAGAGCAAAGGGACUGAAGCACGUUGUUCAAUGUGUCUUUGUUGCUAUUAGAACUAUUGGCAAUAUCAUGAUUGUUACAACCCUGCUGCAGUUCAUGUUCGCCUGUAUUGGUGUACAGCUAUUCAAGGGAAAAUUCUAUCGGUGUAGUGAUGAAGCAAAGCAGAAUCCAGAGGAGUGCCGGGGGAUAUACAUUGUUUAUAAAGAAGGAGAUGUUGAUAAUCCAGUGGUUAGAGAAAGGGUUUGGCAAAACAGUGAUUUCAACUUUGACAAUGUGCUGUCUGCCAUGAUGGCCCUUUUCACUGUUUCUACCUUUGAAGGCUGGCCAGCAUUACUAUACAAAGCCAUAGACUCAAAUGGAGAGAAUGUAGGCCCAAUAUAUAACUACAGAGUGGAGAUUUCCAUCUUCUUUAUCAUAUAUAUCAUCAUCAUUGCUUUCUUUAUGAUGAACAUAUUUGUCGGUUUUGUCAUUGUUACCUUCCAAGAACAGGGAGAACAAGAGUACAAGAACUGUGAGCUGGAUAAAAAUCAGCGCCAGUGUGUAGAAUAUGCCUUGAAGGCACGUCCACUGCGUAGAUACAUUCCAAAAAAUCCUUAUCAGUACAAGUUCUGGUAUGUGGUGAACUCCACUGGGUUUGAAUACAUCAUGUUUGUCCUCAUCAUGCUGAACACACUUUGCUUGGCCAUGCAGCACUACGAACAGUCAAAGCUUUUUAAUGAUGCAAUGGAUAUUUUGAAUAUGGUUUUCACGGGAGUAUUCACUGUUGAAAUGGUUUUGAAAGUCAUUGCAUUCAAACCCAAGCACUAUUUCACUGAUGCAUGGAACACUUUUGAUGCCUUAAUUGUUGUUGGUAGCGUCGUUGAUAUUGCUAUAACAGAAGUUAAUAACUCUGAAGACAGCGCUAGAAUCUCCAUCACUUUUUUCCGUCUCUUCCGGGUGAUGCGACUGGUGAAGCUUCUCAGCAGGGGUGAAGGAAUCCGAACUUUAUUGUGGACAUUUAUUAAGUCAUUUCAGGCUCUGCCAUAUGUUGCUCUUCUGAUAGCUAUGCUGUUUUUCAUCUAUGCUGUAAUCGGAAUGCAGGUUUUUGGGAAAGUUGCCAUGAGAGACAAUAAUCAAAUUAACAGGAAUAACAAUUUCCAGACUUUCCCCCAGGCAGUGUUGCUGCUGUUCAGGUGUGCAACUGGGGAAGCAUGGCAGGAAAUUAUGCUGGCCUGUUUACCUGGAAAGCGCUGUGAUCCAGAAUCUGAUUAUAAUCCAGGGGAAGAAUACACAUGUGGAAGCAAUUUUGCCAUUAUUUAUUUCAUCAGUUUUUAUAUGCUCUGUGCAUUUUUGAUUAUCAACUUGUUUGUGGCAGUCAUCAUGGACAAUUUUGAUUAUUUGACACGUGACUGGUCUAUUCUGGGACCUCAUCAUUUGGAUGAAUUCAAAAGGAUAUGGUCUGAGUAUGAUCCUGAGGCAAAGGGCAGAAUAAAGCAUCUUGAUGUAGUUACAUUGUUGCGUCGUAUUCAGCCUCCACUUGGCUUUGGCAAGUUAUGUCCCCAUCGAGUGGCAUGCAAGAGGCUAGUAGCCAUGAACAUGCCACUAAACAGUGAUGGAACAGUCAUGUUCAAUGCUACAUUAUUUGCUUUGGUGAGGACAGCUCUGAAGAUCAAAACAGAAGGGAAUCUAGAGCAAGCAAAUGAAGAACUUAGAGCAGUUAUAAAGAAAAUCUGGAAGAAAACCAGCAUGAAGCUCCUUGAUCAAGUUGUUCCUCCAGCUGGUGAUGAUGAGGUAACCGUGGGGAAGUUCUAUGCCACCUUCCUGAUACAGGACUACUUUAGGAAAUUCAAGAAACGCAAAGAACAAGGACUGGUGGGGAAAUAUCCUGCGAAGAACACCACGAUUGCUCUACAGGCGGGACUAAGGACACUUCAUGACAUUGGUCCUGAAAUUCGUCGAGCUAUAUCCUGUGACUUGCAAGAUGAUGAGCCAGAAGAAAAUAAUCAAGAGGAAGAGGAAGAUGUCUAUAAAAGGAAUGGUGCCCUGUUUGGAAAUCACAUAAACCAUGUAAGCAGUGAUAGAAGAGAUUCGUUUCAGCAGAUCAAUACCACACACCGUCCCCUGCAUGUCCAGCGGCCUUCAAUUCCAUCUGCAAGUGACGCCGAGAAAAACAUAUAUGCUCAUGCAGGAAAUUCCAUGUUCCACAAUCAUCAUAAUCACAACUCAGUAGGAAAGCAAGUUCCAAAUUCAACAAAUGCCAAUCUCAAUAAUGCCAACAUGUCCAAAGUUGCUAAUGGAAAGCACCCAAACGUUGGAAAUCAUGAGCACAGAUCUGAAAACGGGUAUCACUCAUACUCCAGAGUUGAUCACGAUAAACAUAGAAGAUCAAGCAGCAAGAGAACACGAUAUUAUGAAACUUACAUUAGGUCAGAAUCUGGUGAUGGGCAUCUACCCACUAUUUGCCGUGAAGAUCAUGAUGUUCGAGAUUAUUGCAAUGAUGAUCAUUAUUUUGGAGAGCCCGAAUAUUUUAGUGGAGAAGAAUAUUAUGAAGAAGACAGCAUGUUGUCAGGAAACAGGCAUACAUCUGACUAUAACUACAGAUAUCACUGUCAUGACUCUGAUUUUGAGCGACCAAAAGGUUACCAUCACCCACAUGGGUUUUUUGAAGAAGAUGAUUCACAGAUCUGUUAUGAUGCAAAAAGAUCUCCUAGAAGACGGUUGCUACCUCCCACGCCAACACCAAAUCGUCGAUCUUCCUUUAACUUCGAAUGCCUCCGCAGACAAAGUAGUCAAGAUGAUAUAACACUCUCUCCUACUUUCCACCACCGCACUGCUUUACCACUGCACUUAAUGCAACAACAGGUCAUGGCUGUUGCAGGUCUGGAUUCCAGUAAAGCACAUAAGCAUUCACCAAGUCGUUCAACACGUUCCUGGGCCACCCCACCAGCCACCCCUCCCAACAGGGACCGUACUCCAUAUUACACCCCUCUCAUCCAAGUUGACAGGGCUGAAUCUACAGAACACAUGAAUGGCAGCCUUCCUUCUUUGCAUAGGAGCUCCUGGUACACAGACGAUCCUGAUAUCUCCUACCGAACAUUCACACCAGCCAGUUUAACCGUACCUAAUGACUUUAGGCAUAAACACAGUGACAAACAAAGAAGUGCAGACAGCUUGGUAGAAGCAGUACUUAUAUCUGAAGGCCUUGGGCGAUAUGCAAAGGACCCUAAAUUUGUUUCAGCGACGAAACACGAGAUUGCUGAUGCUUGUGACAUGACUAUUGAUGAGAUGGAAAGUGCAGCAAGUAACCUUCUCAAUGGAAACAUUAGCAGUGGGACCAAUGGGGAUAUGUUUCCCAUUUUAAGUAGGCAAGAUUAUGAACUUCAAGACUUUGGUCCGGGUUAUAGUGAUGAAGAACCAGACACUGGUAGAUAUGAAGAGGACUUAGCUGAUGAAAUGAUAUGCAUUACAACUUUAUAGUAUUUAGCAAGGAGAAAAUGAUUUCAAUAACAGAAAAAGUGCCUCAUAGUUCAAAGAUGCUAGGCACUAGUUGGAAGUAAUAAUGAAACUAGUUUUGUACAAGUGAUGUCACACCUCAAGGAAGCCAUAAUUUAUUUAUUAGUGUCUCUAGGUUGUUGAAAUGUGAUCAAAGCUGCAAUGUGUCAAGUCCUUUUCCACAGAAUCUUCAGUUCCUUUGCAGGAAUAGGGUUAUGUCAAACCAGAUUCUGACAAUCCCAUUUUCAGAGGGCUAGAGAAGGAUUUUGAGGUGUAAUAUCUUGCCUGUCUUUUAAUCUUGUGCUACUGUCCUUCAUAGUGAAGCAGAAGUUUGUCAAAGCAAUGUCAGUAAAAGUCCAGCACAAAAGUAUGUGGAGAAGAUGACCAUGUAAGACAGGUGAUGACAAUCAGAAGCGUCAUUACCUCUGCGUUCAAUAGCAUAUCAAAUAUUCACAGCAUAUCCAUUCCGAUUUUGUUUUCAAACUUGCCUCCUGGUUUUUUGUUUUUUUUUUUGGUUUUUUUUACCAUUAUUCUAAGAUACAAUGUGUCAUGCUCUACCUGUUAGAGAUCAUUAAAAAAAGAAACCAGAAAACCUUUCUGUCAUAUGUAACACCAGUUUACAUAGGAAAAUAUCAUUCAGAUAGUCUGUUUUAUGACUAUCAUGUUAAGGGCAAAAUAUACUGGAAUAAUUGCAUUCUUACUAAUGCACUUGCAACCAGGUUAAAGUAGAAUUAGAUAAAAUAGUUUGUUUAAAAAUUAUAUAGUAGAAAUUAUUGUAAAUGAAUUGUAAUAUACAAUAAUUUGUAUUUGUAAAGAGAUGUUCUAUAUUUUGUAAUUAUUGUACCGUAAUUGAACUGCAGCAAUAUUUAUGGACCCUAAUUAUUGUAAUUCUCCACAGAAUUCUAGAUAUAAGUAUUUUUACUCGGAUUAUAUAGUUCUAUAGGAUAAAUAUUUAAAUAGAGCCACCUUCUCAAUGUAAAUCUCUUUUUUGGAUAUAAUAUCAAGUUUUAAAGGAAACUUGACAACACAGAUUUUUUUAAAAAAAUAUUUUGAGUCAAUACAAAUCUCUCUUUACAUAAGGGAUGCACAGUUGACUAUUUGCAGUCUUAUACAUGAAAAGUUAAAAAUGAACUUAUUUUAAAAUUUUUGAUUGACAAUAAACUGUGAUUUUAUCUUUUAAUAACCCCACAAAAUAGAUCAUACUGAUUUUGAAAAUUGGCGAGACCAUACCAAGGUACUAUUAACCUUGUGACAAUUAUGAAUUUUAACAAAAAUGAUGAUUUUAACUAAGUUGUUUGCCUCCGUAUAUAGCAUUUGAUUUGGAAAUAACUUUGCAGCUGGAUUAAAAUUUUAUUGAAUCCCUUGUAUGUGUCACUCUUCUCAUAAUGAAAAAUCUAAUCAAGUGACUCUACAGAAUCAAAGAUUCCUGAGAAGCUAAAUAGUACUUUGUUGCCUCUACCCUUUCUGCUGGUCUAGUUAAAGGAUUUGUUUUUAUGCAAUCAAAAGAGGGCUUAGAUAUUGUUCACAAUGCAGUAAAACCCUGAUACAAGUUUUUGAGAUUAGUACAGCCUUGAAGAAAAAUAAAAAAAAUCUCAAAAUCUGUUUAUUUUCUUAACACUGGAUAAAAUUGACUUGUUGCUGACAAGUUGUCUUAUCAGGAUUUACCUGUACUUCACAAGAUAGGUAGCAAUUCAGUUCACAUUUUUAAAAUGUGAUGUUUAAAACCUGUCAAUAAACAUUUUGUACAUAAUGUCAAUUUCCUAUGGAUACCUUACAGACCUUCUCUGGAAUCAUUCUUAUUCAAAUGCCAGGAUAAUAACUUAAGUAUUUGUAAAUUAUUUCUUGACCUACAUCAUUUUGUAUUAAAACAAAUGCAAAAUGUUCUUCAGAAUAAAACUGUGUAAUAAUUUUAUUAUACUUUGGACUCCUUUCCAUGAAUGGCAUCUCUAAAAGUUAAAUUCUUAGUGCAGUGUUUGGAGGUAAAGGACAUCCUUUCAUUUGGAAAAUAUGAUCCUUAGCCCAGAAUACUAAAGUCCUUAACUUCCUUUAUAUGAGUGCUCUUCUGCAUAAAAAAUUCCAGAUACUUGAAGCUGAACAGGAGAUUUGUGUAUAAUGGGACAUCUUUAACAAGCCUGGAAAAAGAUAUUUAAAAAAAAUCUAUUCUGUAAUGAAUAAGAUAUUUUUAACUAAAUCAUCCCCUACAGGCUAUCAGUUUGAGUCUUGCAUAUAUGCCACUUUCGACUAGGAUUUGCUGAGUUGGUUAUUUAGCAUUAAUCACUUCAAGUGUUUUCCUAGCUUACAAAAAACAGAACACUUUGAAAGUCUAGAAAAUAAUAGUCCAGCUCAGAUGAGAUUAGCGUAAAAGUGGCAGUGGAGAAUUUCUAAAUUGGGAAGCAUAUAAUCAUGAAGCUGUAGAGACUUCAGUGGAUUAAUCCUCUAAAAAAGACCACCUUUAAGAUCAGAAGUUGGACACAAAAAUUUACUUACUGCUUUUGAAAUCCUUCACUUAAAUCUCCUUGCUAUAGUGAUUCUUCAUAAGAGAUUCCAAAUUCUAUAGAUGCCAUAAGUUACAUUUCUAAAACUAAGGCCCCAGUCCUACAAUAGAAUAUCCCCAACUCUUAUACUUGCAUAAUGACUAACUGACUUCCUUAGGACUUUAUGCACACAACUCACUUAAAAUAUAUCUCCUUAAUUAGAGCAGAUUAAUUUUUUUUUUUUUUUUUUUUUUUUUUACAGGAAAAUACAGACUUUUAAAAAUUAUAGUUUAAAAAUGGGUUAUAAUGGUCAAUACUUCACUAUUACAACAAUAGAGCAGGGAUGGAAAUGUGUUAUAGAAUAAAGAUGCAUAGAACUUUCUACUUAGCAGUAAUACUGUAAGUCAGUACAAGUAUCUGUUUAAUGUCUACCCUUUAAACUCUUGUGAUUUGCAUUCAAUAAUUCCUUUAAUUAUGGAAAAUAACAGCAAUAGAUUGCCCUAUUUAAGCACAUCUGCCACAUUUGUAGGUCUCUCUAUGUAUACCUUUCCACACAUACUGACCUAUUAAUAAAGCAUCCAGUCAUUAACAGUUGUUGGAACAGACAUGGUCAAAUACAAUUUUUGCUAAGGAUAAUAUCAUCCACAAUUUGCACAGUAUAUUUUGGGAGUCAAAAGACCAGAGACCCAUCAUUCAAAAAUUGCUUGCAUCAACUAAGAUGUGCCUAGUUUUCAUCAACAAUAACUCUUCAUUUUAAAUGUAUUUUUGUAAUAAAGUCUGUAAAUGAGUUAAUUCUUCUGCAAGUUUAGGUUUUCUGUAAAUAAGUUUUACAUCCUGACCCAUCUGAUUGGCUGGGUCUAUAGGGCCACAUCACUUGGCUACCUCUGCUGAAAGCAAGUAUUUGAGUGACCUUUCAGAAACUUUGAAGACAAGAAAAAGGCAGGUUUACAAAUACUGCUAACUUUCUAUGUUUUUAAAAACAAUCUUUCACACUGAAGCAAACAUUAUAUGGGAAAAUCCAUACAAAAAGUAUACUUAAGGCCAAUCUUUGUUUUAUUCCAUUUUGCUAUUCCAAAUAUCUGUUGUUGAAUAAAUAUCUUCUCUAGUUUGAUUGUCAGUGAAUUCAGUUCGUGUCUGAGAGAGAGCAAAGAAAAUCUACUGCCAAGGAAAUGACAGGGAUCUCAUUAGCACAGGCUCCAGUAGAUAAAAAGAAUGCGGAAACUCCUAUAUGGCGCACAGAACCAGUAAGAUGCUGGCAUACUAAGAAUAGUAACAGUCCCAGCUCAAACAGACGUUGUUAACUGUAUUAGUAUCCUGAAGACUCUUCAGGAAGGCUUCUGCUGCUCACUUUGAGGAAAAGUGCAAACAGAUGGACUUGUAGUAUCAUUUGUAUUACAACAUAAUGGGUGCGUUUACACAUGUUGCUAUGGCGACGUUGUUACUGCACCCUGAUUUAGUACUUCCUAUACCAGGAAGCACAUCGCUAUGAUGACAUAGCUGCUGGUCAAGCACAGACGCCCACAGAUGCUACAGCAACUUAGCAUCAAUGAAAAGAAAAUUUUUAUACAAGAGUCUAAGAAGCUUGAUUUUUCUGGACCCACCAGAAAAUGCUUGCUGUAACUCAAAGUGAGGUUAAGGUAAUUUUAAACAUGCUUCUGCAUCCUUCCACUCUUGGGCUGGUAGGCUCCAGCCUAGUCAUACCAUAUUUGAGCAUCUUGCAUGAACUACCAACAGCCCCCUGAGGCUAUCUGGAGAUAAGAACCACUUAAUCUGGAACCCACAAGACUGGACAAGGGCCAGCACAGGAGCCACCACUGCCAGCUCUGCACCACCCGAGGAUUUGGUUCAAUGGACAAAAUUCUCAAGGAACCGAUCCACUGCUGUACACCUGGUUUGAAUCACAGAAAUGACAUAACUCAGUCCUAGCCCUCUGGAGAUGAGGGCCUAAAUUAAUAAAAUAACUGCAGCUUCACAACAAUUAGAGUAAGUAUGGAUAAAGGAAGAAAAGAAAAGAAAAGAAAAGAAAAGAA